AUGAAAGACAGACUCUCGGGCGAAAACAUCCCUCUGGCAGAUUUAUCUUUUCCAGCCCCAGUCCACGACGAGGCUGACCAUGACCCCAAGACGUCCCUCGACUACGGAGACGGGACACAUAUCGAGAAUGACGACGCCGUCCAUCUCCUGCACAACACUCACGAUGGAAAGCCGGAGGACGACGGGACGCUCGACGAAGGUCACCUCGACGACGAGAACAAACUGACAGUCCGAGAAUCGAUCCGCGCCUACCCCAUGGCAAUCUUCUGGUGUCUAGCCGUGAGCAUGUGCGUGAUCAUGGAAGGCUACGACGCGAUUCUGGUGUCGAAUCUAUUUGCUUUCCCAUCCUUUCAAAGAAAAUACGGCACCUUCGUCGGCGUCACCGAACAGACUCAAUCAGGCUACCAACUCUCCCCAGCCUGGAUGGCCGCAGUCGGCAACGCAUCCGGGGUUGGCGCUUUCUUCGGCACCCUUCUCAACGGGCACGUCGUAUCAAGAUACGGGCAAAAAAGAGUCCUAAUAGGCUCACUAGUCCUUCUCAGCAGUUUCAUCUUUCUGACUUUCUUCGCGCCCACAAUCGAGGUCCUAUUUCUCGGACAAAUUCUAUGCGGUUUUCCCUGGGGCGUAUUCGCAACCACUGCACCAGCCUACGCAUCAGAAGUACUACCCAUGUCUCUCCGGGUAUACUUUACAUCCUGGACAAACAUGUGUUUCAUCAUCGGACAACUAUUAGCCGCUGGCGUGUUAAGAGCCUGUUUAGGUCUCAAUGGUGAAUGGGGAUUCCGCCUCCCCUUUGCCGGACAGUGGGUGUGGCCUAUAUUCCUGAUUCCACUGUUAUGCUUUGCGCCCGAGUCGCCGUGGCAUUUGGUGCGGCAGCGACGGUACGAUGAGGCUGAGAGGUCGCUACGGAGGUUGAGAAGCAGCCACCGCAUCAACCACGAAGGCAACCACCACGACAACCGCCACGGCGAAAAUGACAGUGACGCCGUUAUCAAGAAGACGCUAGCCAGCAUCAUCCACACCAACAAACUCGAAGAAUCCCUCUCAGUCGGCACCUCCUACGCCGACUGUUUCCGCGGCUUCGAGCUCCGCCGCACCGAAAUCGCAUGCGUCUGUUUCGCGGGCCAGAUCCUCGCGGGGUCCUCGUUCGCCUAUAACGCCAGCUACUUUUUCGAACAGGUCGGUUUGUCCCCUAAGACGACAUAUACUUUGAAUCUAGCGGGGACGGGUCUGGCACUAGCUGGGACGGUGAUGAAUUGGAUUUGUGUCAUGCCCUAUGUUGGCCGGAGGACAAUUUAUAUUGGUGGUAUGUUGGCCAUGAGUUUGGAGUUGUUUGCUGUUGGGGUGUUGAAUUUCUUUGCCGAUGCGGGUACAAACACUACAGCUUCAGCUGCGGCCACUUUUUCCGCAAACGCUUCUGCGGAUGCCGGUGCCGGUGCCGGUGCUGGUGCUAAUGCCGCCGCGAGUGGAGUUUCCAGAGUGUCAGUGGUAUCGUUGCUUCAAGCCUCCCUAACCCUCAUAUGGACCCUAACGUUCCAACUCUCCGUCGGCCAACUCGGGUGGUCCCUACCCGCGGAAAUCGGAUCGACUCGUCUCCGUCAAAAGACUAUCUGUCUGGCCAGAAACGCAUAUUACAUCGCCAGUGUGGUCGCGGGGAUUGUGCAGCCUUAUUUGAUGAAUCCUGAAGCGUUGAACGCAAGAGGGUACGCGGGGUUCGUGUGGGGGACCACGGCGUGGUGGGUUUUCAUGUGGGCUUUGCGCAGAUUGCCGGAGACAAAAGGGAGGUCGUUUGAGGAGUUGGACGUUUUGUUUGCGAAAGGUGUACCGGCUGUGGGGUUUGAGAGUGCUGAUGUUGGGGCGUUGCAAGAGGAGGAUCAUGAAGAUGAGUAUAACCGAGAGUGA